AUGUCCAUGUAUCCCGCCCAUCGCGGAAUGGGGGGCGUUCCUCCAGGGAACAAUGGCGCCAGGCUGAACGAGCUCCUCGAGCAGGUCAGGUCCGAGUUUGAGUCUCAGAUGCGCACCAGCGAGAACUAUGAGCAUCAGAUCCAGGCGCAGGUCAACGAGAUGCAGCUCAUCCGUGAGAAGGUGUAUGCCAUGGAGCAGACCCACAUGAACCUUAAGCAGAAGUAUGAGGAAGAAAUUGCUCACCUGCGCCGCCAACUCGAGCAACGCGGUGGAGCUCCGCAGGGCGCCAUGGCCGGUCCUCCCCAACACGGCGGUCCCCCGCAGCCUCCGUCGAUUGGCAUGGGCAACAACGUCUUUGCCUCCAUAAUGGCUGGUCAAGGAGGCCAGGGUGGUCUUGCUCCCCCGCCUCCCCCGCCGCAAGAGCAGCAGCCUCCUCAGCACCAGAUGACACAGCCGCCUCCUGGUCUCCAAGGCCCCCCUCCCCCUCCCCCACCGCCUUCUCAGCAACAGCCACCCUUCCAGCAGCCUUACCCGGCUGGGCCUGCUCCCGGCGGUUUCCCCUCGCAGCCGCCUCCGAGCACGGCUUCUCCCGGCCCCGGAAAGCGCGGCGGCAUUGGUAGGCCUCCUGCCGCCGGCCCUGCCACUCCUCAGAUCAACACCCCGAUCCCCUACCCGGGACCUGGCCAGUCUCCUCAGGUCGCUUCCCACCCGACUCCCGAUCAUGCACGCAUGCAGAUGGCUCCUGCUGCUCACCCGCCGCCGAAUGCUCUUGGCGACCUGGACCCUGAGCGCCUGCCCGCCCACUUCAAGAAGACGCGAGAUGACUGGUUUGUUAUCUUCAACCAGGCUGUCCCUCGUGUCCUCGAUGUUGACCUGGUCCACACCCUCCAACAUGAGAGCGUCGUCUGCUGUGUUCGAUUCAGUACCGAUGGUAAGUACGUGGCCACUGGUUGCAACCGCUCGGCGCAGAUCUACGACGUGCAGACCGGCGAGAAGCUGUGUGUCCUCCAGGACGACUCGGUCGACAUCACCGGCGAUCUGUACAUCCGUAGCGUCUGCUUCAGCCCCGAUGGCAAGUACCUGGCCACCGGUGCCGAGGACAAGCUUAUUCGAGUCUGGGAUAUUCAGUCAAGAACCAUCCGCAACACCUUCUCGGGUCACGAGCAAGACAUCUACUCGCUUGACUUUGCUCGUGAUGGACGUACUAUUGCUUCCGGUAGCGGUGACCGCACAGUACGCCUGUGGGAUAUCGAGACGGGUGGCAGCAUCCUGACCCUGAGUAUCGAGGAUGGUGUUACGACCGUCGCUAUCUCGCCCGACACCAAGUAUGUUGCCGCGGGCUCCCUCGACAAGAGUGUCAGGGUUUGGGAUAUCGCCCAUGGCUUCCUUGUGGAGCGUUUGGAGGGCCCAGAUGGGCACAAGGACAGUGUUUACAGUGUCGCGUUCUCUCCGAGCGGCAAGGACCUCGUCAGUGGAAGCUUGGAUAAGACGAUCAAGAUGUGGGAGCUUAGUACGCCCCGCGGUCUUCCGAACCAGGUGCCCAAGGGCGGGCGAUGCGUCAAGACCUUUGAGGGUCACAGGGACUUCGUGCUGUCCGUGGCUCUCACCCCCGAUGCCGCUUGGGUCAUGUCGGGCUCCAAGGAUCGCGGUGUCCAGUUCUGGGAUCCCCGUACUGGCAACACGCAGCUUAUGCUCCAGGGCCACAAGAACUCGGUCAUCUCGGUUGCUCCCAGCCCCACGGGAGGCUACUUCGCCACUGGCUCAGGCGAUAUGCGCGCUCGUAUCUGGUCUUACAGCCGCUACCACGGCGCUUAG